AGAAACUAGAAGUAUCAUGGGCGAAAGAAAGCACAGACAUACCACAUUUUCAGGGUGUUGGACCUGCAAGGCCCGAAAGGUCAAAUGUGACGAGAACCCACUGGGCUGCGCAAGCUGCCUACGACUCGGACUAACCUGUGGUGGAUAUGAUAUCCAACUGCAAUGGAUUUCCUCGGACGCAGGUCGUCGGCCCCACAGGGAUCUUUCUGCACGGAUCGGAAGGAGGCGCAUUGGUGCAGGCUGGACUAGUAUCCUUCAAUUCAAGGCAGACGAAAUCGAUGAGUUUCUCACUAGAGUAAAUGAGGACUCAGACCGAGGGGUGUCGACAACACAUGGCCCUUUUUCAGUAUUCCCUGUAGACCGAAACCGUAGCAAUCACCGGAAAUCUCCCGUUUCACCACCCGAGCAGGCACUAUCGCGGCACUCAAAUGGUGCAGCAACCGUGGCGGGCUCCCCAGAAGGGACUCAAGAUUGCGAAUCAAAUUACAAUGGGCCGAACUAUCGGAUCCCACCGUUGCCUUCGAAUUCUAGCGCUACCCCGCUUGAUACAUUGUCACUACCCUCAAGGACCGCGCCUACUCAAGAUGAUGAGCAUACCGGGUCAGAGCCCCAAUCUUACUUUGCUCAUGAUAAUCAAGGAUUGCAGACUGCCUCACCAGAAUAUGUCAACGAUGUGGCUCCCUGGAGUACAGAUAUUCUAGCAAAUUCUGAACUUUCGUUGUUACAGCAACCGCAAAUGUGUCUGUCGAGCAACUGGAAAACCAACAAGCUCUUCCACCAUUAUGUUACAAAUGUUGCUGAUAUACUUCUGCCAGUCUCACACCCAGGAAAUCCCUACCGCUCGUUGUAUGCCCCGGCAGCACUUGAAGGAUCGCUGUACUUCGAGUCCGGGCUUUUUAAUGCAGCCCCGAAUAUUGGACUGUGCAUAUUCCAUUCACUUAUGUCCACUUCCGCCUUCCAUCUACAUCAGUGCUAUGACUCUAACACUGAAUAUCAUCAUCUGGGUAUCACCCACCGGCAACUUGCACUGGAGUCCCUGCGAAUGGUUUUGAGGAACGAGGUACCACUAUUUGACUAUAAGACUCUUUUGGUCGCGCUUCUUUCUAUGAUCACGAUUGGAGUGAUAGAAGGAAGCAUCGUCGACUUUCGUGUCCACCUUCAAGGGAUAGCUAAUUUUCAAGGCCCUCGCCGCAAAUGGCAAUUAAUAAGCGGAGACACUCGUCAGCUGAAUACUCAAAGUGCAUUCUUGAAUCUUCUUGCCCGCACUACCUCUCGUUGUACUCCAUCGCCUUGGGGUGCAAGCAGAGAGUUGCGGCACAUGGAACAUGAUAGUCUGACUACAAGAGAUAGUCGCUCCUAUUGCUAUGAGUUCACAUACGGGAUCACAGCUGAUAUUGCAGCCGCUAUCCAGGAUAUUACCGAUCUCUAUGAAUGCCUGGAAUUCUAUCGCCAGGCCCAAGGGCCCAUUCCGGAUGAUUUCCUCGAGGCUUGUGAAGAUCUUGGCGAUCGACUGCUUUCCUGGACCUUGACCUCCGAUAAGGUUCCCUCUUUCAAUGACAGGGGCAUAGAUGAGUUUGAUAUCUUCAAACAUCAUUCCCACGCAUGGCAUGGGGCCGCUCUGAUAUUCUACCUAAAUCGUAUCCAAGGAGUCAAUGCUCAAGACUUAGUACAAGAGGUGGCCACAGUUGCAUCUCAUAUGCUCGCUGUUGAAGAAAUCAAAUCGAGGCAUGUCGCCAACCAGAUGGCUCCAAUCAGUUGGCCAGCCUUUAUAGCAUCAUGCUGCGCCUUAGAUCGAGAGCCUUGGGAAACAUGGUGGCUGGAUGUACAAAAGUAUGGCAUUGGGAGUAUCCGAAGACAGUAUAGUAUUGUGCAGGAAAUAUGGUAUGAAAUGGACACUCAUCCAUCUGAGGGGUGGUUGCAGAUUCUUCACCGGCGGAACAUACAAGUUCUAGCUGCCUGAUAAAUGGACUGUUGAUGCCAUUAGAGCUGAAGUGUAUGUAAGGCAGUGCAUACUGUUCCAAUCGGGAAAACAUGCUAAUAUAUUAAUUCAAGCGAUUCACCUCUGUGCUGGGAGGGAGCUCUUUCUGGCUAAACUCUUAUAUACACGAAUACACAGCUCAUCCAGCGAAGGUACUCAAACAUGAGAACAGAUUAACAAACUGCUAUGAUCAGUAAAACGAAUUAUACGAAAGAUGAAUUGGAAACAAGGUCACUCACUGCCAAUAACACCAUUAACAGGGAUGUCAAUGGAGGUCGUAUAACUAGCCGCAUCACUUAGGAGGUAAACAUAUGCACCGCCGAGCUCCUGUACCUCCGCGAGUCUAGGGAAUCCGCCAUAGUACUUCAGCUGCUGCUCCCAGUCCGGUUGCUGAGGUACCCAAUAUGUCAUAGCGGUCUUUACUAGGCCUGGAGAAACACUGUUCACGCGAAUACCGUAUUGAGCCCAUUCCAUGGCUAGCGUAUGGGUCAUGUUGCGAAUACCCGCUUUUGAGGCACCGUAUGGGGUGGAGGGUACUCUCUAUUUUGUACAUUAGCUCUUGAUAGCAUAACAGGG